UCGAAACCCACAAAUAAAACACAUCCUUUGGAUCACUGGCCAGUCCCCUCCCUUUUUGCUCUGUCCUUCCUUCACAUCGAAGAGGAGAGAGAGAUGGCUCAAGCUAGCUGUUCUGCUCUCUUUGCAAAAUUCAUCUCCCUCUCUUCUUCUCUAUAAUGAAUCAAGAUCUAUACCUCUUCUUCUUGGAAGAAGAUGACAUCGAGGUAUAAUCCAGAAAUAAGUGAGCAACAACAAUAUCAGCAAAACCCUACAUUUCUUUAUGAUGGUCUUUAUUGUUCCGAAGAGAAUUGGGAGAAAGAAGUUAGAGAAGGCUAUUUUCAAGAUGAAAAAGGAGAGAAUUUUUAUAGUAUUGAUAGCAAUAAACGAAACACCUUUCCAGUCCUCGCACAACAGGACUUAAGCUGGGAAGAGGAGGAACUUUCCUCCUUGUUUGCCAAGGAGGAGCAAAAUCAGCUGUACAAAAUUUUAGAAAUCAACCCAUCUUUAGCCAGGGCUCGCUGUGAGGCUGUAGAGUGGAUUCUAAAGGUCAAUGUACACUGCUCUUUCUCUGCUGUAACUGCAGUCUUGGCCGUGAACUAUCUUGAUAGGUUCUUACUUAGUGUCCACCUUGAGAAGGAUAAGCCAUGGAUGGCCCAACUUGCAGCCGUGGCUUGUCUCUCACUUGCUGCCAAGGUGGAGGAGACCCAAGUGCCCCUUUUAUUGGAUUUUCAGGUGGAGGACAGUAAAUAUGUGUUUGAGGCCAAAGCUAUCCAGAGAAUGGAGAUUCUGGUUCUUUCUACUCUUAAAUGGAAGAUGAAUCCAAUAACCCCGAUAUCAUUUCUUGACUACAUCACUAGAAGGCUCGGCCUAAAAGACUAUCUUUGUUUGGAAUUUCUCAAGAGGUGUGAGCGCAUAGUACUCUCUGUCGUGCCAGAUUCUAGGUCUAUGCUUUAUGUCCCUUCAGUAAUGGCUACUGCCGUAAUGCUAUAUAUUAUUGAUGGUGUAGAACCCAGUCUAGCAGCAGAAUACCAAAGCCAGCUUUCGGGCAUUCUUGGAAUCGAUAAAGACAAGGUAGAGGAUUGUAGCAAGCUCGUAAUGGAAUUGGCUCCCAGAGACCAUUUUAAGUUUUCAAGCAAACGCAAGUAUAGUUCAAUUCCAGGCAGUCCAAACGAGGUGAUUGAUGUGUCUUUUAGCUCAGACAGCUCAAAUUAUUCAUGGUCCGUGGUGUCGUCGGUGUCUUCAUCACCAGAACCUCUGUCGAAGAAGACCAGGGCACUGCAGAGUCUAAAUGAUGCAACUACAGAUUUUCUCAGCCUUCCUCGCUAGUGCCUUAAGAUUCCUCCUUCCUAAUGGACUAUCUUUUGUUCCAUUUAACUGUUAUGCUUUUUGUAUGUUUAAGUAGCGGCCGGCUAGCAGGGGCCGGGCCACUGCAAGAAAAUACCCUUCCCUUAUAAAUAUUUAAUUAAAGGAACUAAAAUUUUUCUUGCC